UUUGCCCUUCGCAUGUUAUGCCGCAAGGCACUAGCAACGACCCCACACUCGUUUAAGUUCGUUUGGUAUCAUCCACGGCAGAAAUAACACCGCAAAACCAUCAGCCCUAAGCGAAGCGGCUUCCGUAGUUUGCUCUCAGUUCUGAUCUUAUCUAGAAUUUAUUUCAUCACCAAAGUCGAGUCCUUAGCAGAAGUUCCAUUCGUUCAUUUUGCGCGUUAGGUUCGUCCCACCAUAGAGUUACAAGCCUCUAUGGUCCCACUCGGUCGCCAAGGUUCUCCCGGAACCCGACCCCCAGCCGUGUGUCUGCUCGGGGGUAGUUUCUGGAAGCGACCGAUCGUAGUGGGCGGACUUCCCCCGUGAUGUAAGAUUGUGUCAUCGGCAAAUUAGCGCUCCACCAAAGAGGAAACAGUCAUUUGGCCUUCGGACCGGACGCGCACUGACAGACGUCAACAUCUACAUCAGCCGAUUUCGGAGGGGAUUGUGAACUCAGAGACCCACACUCGGCUGUACAAAGACUGAAUCGCCCUGGGAAAGGUUUUGUUUUUGCUGGGAUCAGCGAGUUACCCGUUCACCCACGUUGCAUCAAGGUAUAUAGCUGGAGUGUCUUAUUAACUUAACUUCAGACACCUGCAAGCAUUGUACACCUGCUGCGCUCAUCUUGGAGUAUUCAAUCUCAGUACAACAGGUCUCAACAAAAUGCAGUUGGUCCCGGGUUUUCUACCUCUGAUUGUCUCUUUAAUGCUUCAGACUCUAUGCUCGAACUUUCUUCGGUCCGUAGUGGGACAGCACGAGCGAGACAACGGGAUAGAUUUCGUUUAUCACAAUUACAACGAAAUGGUUGUGUUGUUACAUGAAACUGCUUGGAAAUGUCGGAGUAUUACCAGAUUGUACGACAUAGGGAGAAGCGUGCAGGGACGAAGGCUGUAUGUGCUGGAAAUAUCGGACAAUCCAGGGGUACACGAAGUAGGUGAACCGGAAUUCAAGUACGUAGCCAACAUGCACGGGAACGAGGCUUCGGGACGCCAGCUCCUUAUCUUCCUUGCCCAGUACCUCUGCGAUGAGUACACAAAGAAGAACAAACGAAUCCAGAAGCUGGUCAAUAAUACCCGGAUUCACCUGCUACCGACAAUGAACCCUGAUGGCUUCGAGAUGGCGUAUCGUAGAUAUGUAACUGUGGGUCGUGUGCCGUCCAUGUACGGCCGAGGGAACGCCAACGAUGUAGAUCUCAACCGAGAUUUCCCGGAUUUGAAUGACAUCAUGUAUCAGCACGAGCAGACAGGAGGGGCUAACAACCAUCUCCUGCGGACGGUGCGGGAAAACAAAGAGAGUCGCCAACCGGAGACCCAAGCUGUCAUGGACUGGAUGACCGACUACCCCUUCGUCCUCUCGGCCAACAUGCACGACGGCGACCUGGUGGCUAACUUCCCGUACGACAAGAGUCGUAACACACGCAAGAUGUACUCCGCUACGCCCGAUGAUAAUCUGUUCCGUGAGUUAGCCCUGACUUACUCUCUGCAUCAUCGGACCAUGGCUACCAGGACGCAUCCCUGCCGCUUCCAGGGCGCCAAGGUGUUUAGAGACGGUGUGACGAAUGGCGCGGAUUGGUACAUCGUGUCCGGAGGAAUGCAAGACUACAAUUAUCUCUCGAGCAACUGUUUCGAUAUCACCCUGGAGCUGGGAUGCGACAAGUUCCCCCGGGAGGAGGAACUGAAGAGGAAGUGGGAGGAUAACAGGGAUGCCUUAAUUGAGUAUAUAAGUAAGGUGCAUAUAGGUAUCAAAGGCCUAGUGACAGACAUAGAGAGAAAUCCCAUAGCAAAUGCCGUCAUCAGGGUGACGGGACCCAGCAUCGCUCAUGAUGUCACCACGGCUGCCGACGGCGAUUUCUGGCGGCUGCUUCUCCCAGGUGUCUACACGGUCACCGUACACGCCCGGGGUUAUAAACCCAAGACCGUGGUGGUACCGGUUCGGAGAUACCGACCGACCAAGGUCAACUUUAUCCUGAAACACCUACCCAAGGAGUCGACGGGCUGCAAACUGCGAGAGCUAGAGGAGGAAGGUUACAUCUUAGGAGGGUUCAAGGCGGCCUUGAGACAGUUUGGAUUCCUCGGGGAAGACUGUGAUGGCUUGGUGGAGAGACGAGAGGACGUGUUGGGAAACAGGGAGGACACGACGGCUUCUCCUUGACCGAGGGGAUUCCUGAUACAUCUCGGUUUGGCAUUAAGAAGGGAAAUAUUACCCAGGAAAAGGGAAAGAAUUAUUGAAACUUUGAAAGAAAAGAAUAAGUAGUAUUUAUACAUUUCCAGAUGUCCAGGUCAAGUGUACAGUAUACCCAGCACUGGAGGUGAACUCUGUGAACUUUAAUUUCACAGCCAGGCAGCGUAUCCGAUCACUGCACAUUUUUAAUUUUCCGCCCCAAGCGGGACCAAGAGAGGGUGCAAAUUUCCUAGCAAUGGAGGCUCCUACAGAGGGAACUCAACUUUGUUGGUCCACGAAAAACUAUGAAAUGCAUGCAUUGCGAUUGCCUCCAUAACAACCAAAUGAACACCCCCACCAUCAUGGCUCUUUUCAACCGAUGAGGGAGUGCUUCUGCUCAAGGCGGAUUGCGACUAUUUCUUUUUUCGGAAUUCGCUGGGCAAAUGUGGUCCCGUUCUUGUUAGACAUUUGAAGUUUACGGAUCAAGUCAUUGAAGGGCGAACGCAUAAAUGUCUUCCCAAUGCAGAAAUUGCAUUCGUCUUUUACUCCUCAAAUAAUCAGUCCAAACAAUUUCCCUAUUCACUUGAAAACGCCAUACAUAUUGUCUAAUCUGAGUGUAGCUCUGAAGUCAAUCAGUUUACCUCAGUCUAUUUUUAACUGUGAAAAUGGGGCUUUAAUGUUUCUUCGGUAAAAAAACUUCUGAUGGUAAUAAAUAAAUUCUAAUCACUGUAAAUAGACUACUUCAAUAAUUGUAAUACUGAUAUUAGUGGUACCGAGUUAUUUCAAUCUUUCUUGCAUAUCACAACAAUUUAACAACCUCAUUUACUCCUAUCUUUCAAGGAUUGUAUAUAAAACCCUGUCGUAAAUCAACCACACAGUAUCGGUGGAAGUUAUAUUGCAACAUGUGCCAAAUAUUCUGAGCACAUUAAAGCACAGUUUUACCUAAAACAGAA